ACACGUGCAGACUAAUCAAAAUGCUUGCAGUUCAAAACACAUCAAGGCAAUUUCUUAGUACACCGCUUGUUUGUCAUUUAUCAAGGAGAUGGAAAUUUAAGAAGAAGCAUUUUCAAACAAGCAAAAAGUUAGGACCAGAAGUCCGAGCAUUGCAGUUCUUUGACAGAUAUUACUCUCCAAUAUUUGGGAAACAAUGGCCCUCCAUCCGGAUUGCCUUAUUGUCCAGACCCAAAUAUUGUGCUCUGGUGAACAACUUAAGCAGAUCAAGAGAUGACAUCAUUGCUGACUUGUCAUCUUUAGGGGCUUAUGAUAUUAACAGGCCAAAGAAGAAAGCUCCCAAAAAGAAGAAAGUGAAAAAAGAUGGUUAUGAAAAAGAUAAUGAGAUUGAGUCACAUGAAGAGGCUGCAUUAAAUGAACAAACUUCUGAGAUAAGUGAGAGAAGGAAUGACAUGGAUUCCUCUUUAUCUGAAGAUAACACUCACAGUGACACUGAAGAGAGAGAUGAUGUAGACAUUCACUCUGACUCUGAAGAUGAAGACAUUUACAGUGGCCGCGUUGGGCAGGUUAUUAAUAUGCAUGAUUUUAUUCCCCCAGCUAAAGUGUACACCCAGGACGAGCUGACUUUGCAAACACAACAGGAACAGAGUUUACCAGUGGAAGAUGGUGAAGAAGUAAUACAGAUUAUACCAAGAAGAGAUUUGAAAAUCCCUCCUGAGCUUAGAGUCCACAUAUUUCCCAAGAGAAAUGUCUCAACAUUUAAAAAGCCUGUAGGUGCAGGGUACUACUUAAUGGAUGCGGCCUCUCUGUUGCCCGUAUUUGCACUUUCUCUGACCUCUAACUGCCGUGUGUUAGAUUUAUGUUCAGGACCAGGAGGAAAGGCAUUGGCCAUGAUGCAAACUAUGAAUAUUGAGCAGCUGACCUGUGUGGACAUCUCCCUGAGCAGACUGAGGAGGGUGAGGUCAGUAAUGGACAGAUAUUUGGGAGGUGUGGGUCAUAUUAUUGACUAUCACCACAUGAAUGGUAUCAGAUGGGUCGCAGCUAACCCUGAUGUUAUAUAUGAUAGGGUAUUGGUAGAUGUGCCAUGUACAACUGAUAGACAUGUUUUAAGCCCAGAUGAGGAGGACUCCAUAUUCAAACCUGCUCGUACCAAAGAGCGACUGCAACUGCCAAAGCUGCAACAGGAAUUACUUAAAUCUGGUAUGCAGUGUUGUAAACCAGGGGGUGCUGUAGUCUACUCUACCUGCACCCUCUCCCCAGGACAAAAUGACCAAGUUGUCUACGCCGCCAUUAUGGACCUGCACCAUAACUCAGAAAUGCAGUUUGUCAUCGAGGAUUUGAGUUGUUUAGUUGAUGCAUUUCGGAAUGUUUAUUAUUUUGACAAUCAUUGUAAAUAUGGACAGCUGGUGCUGCCACAUCUUGCUGCAAACUUUGGACCUAUGUAUAUAGCAAAAAUUAGAAGAUUAAAUUAAGUGCUAGAAUUCAGAGCAUUUUACUUUUCAAAAUAUAGGUAUGCCUUAUUCAGUGCAUAUUAAUUACCCCUUUAAACAAGGCAAAUAGAAACAAGCAAAAAUAAUUUUAAAUGGUUUUCUGUUGGACAACUGAAAAUUGUGGCAAAAAGCACUGAAUAAAAUUACUGGGUAUAUGUUAAAAAACACCAGAUUUGAUUUUUCAAUAGAAAAUUAUUCCCCAUUUAAGACUGCAGAUAAGUAGUUGUUAUUUUAUCCAAGAGACUGGUUUUUAUUUAAUCAAAAAUGACACAUUUUAGCUCGCAAUCAAGUCAUUCAAUUUUAAUCAAUCUUAUCCAAACACACUUGGAUUUUCUGAGGUGAUUUCACCGUUGGUUGUUCCACUAAGUGAUUCUGGCAUUGCGACAGUUGUGCCAGUAAGACUUUCUCAAGUACCCCGAGUCCCAAGCGAUAACUGGGAACCCACCCACAUUAUCAAGAUUUCUCUGUCCUAACCAGUCACUGAGGUGAAUUAAUAUAUAACCACAUUUAUGCUUGUUUAGCUCCUUGUCCUAAGUUUAAAUUGAAGUCGUUAUGCUCUCCGGGGUGUAACUCCAGCCGGUCUUAUCUAUGAAGAGAAUCUUUGGAAAUCUAA